AUGUCCGCCGCUGAAGAGGAAAAUAUCGCUGAAUCCGGCGACGAUCUCUUGGUCGACGACCUUCCCGAAGGACUACUCGAUGACCUCGCGAGCUCCCCUGACCACCCUGCUGCGAAGAAGCCCUGCAUGGACCCCGGUGCUGGCCCUGCUAGCUUCAACUCCCCCUCCACCUCCUCCGACUCGGCGCUGGCGCAGCCCGCGCCGUCUCCUGUGCUCCUCGCUGCCGCUGCUGCUCCCACGUUGACUCAGCAAGGCCAUGCGCCCUCUCUGGCAGCAACAGCUGCCGCCCCCAACGCCCUGGUUCUCCGCGCUGCUGCCUACGCAACGGCCGCCUCCGGCGCUAACCCGGCUCCCGCGCUGCCCGCCUCGCUCUUUGCCUCAUCCGCGCCCGGCGGACCCCCCCGCAACCUCCGCCGUGCGCGCACCUCCGCAUCCACCCCGAUGCUCCUUCCCCUUCGCCGCCGCGUGGUAGUCACGCUCCUCCUCCCGGAGGCCGUGUUGGAGUCGCACCGCACGGAAAUCCUCGCCGGAAUCAACGCGCAGCUGUGCGGCUUCAUGUUCGAUUCGGGCAUCAUCCCCCCCUUCGAGCACACUGUCGGCGACUCCCUCCGCGUGGCCCGCCACGUGUACGGCCGCCUGCUGUUCUCUUGGCCGUCGCAGGAAGACGCGGCUGUUUUUCGCAAGCUUUUUCCUCUCAUGCUGAAAAUCUCCAACUCCCGCCCCGUCAUGUUGAAGGUCUUUGUUGAUCGGUAUGAAGCUUUUACCGCGGCAAAGGCAGCCGGCGCUCCUACCCUGUCUAUCCGAAACGUCCCCCUGGAGAUCGAUCCGGAGGAGAUCCGCGCCUUCCUCCUCGGGUCCACCGAGGAGGAUGGUUCGCAUUGGCUCGCGGAUCUGACUGACUUUCACCGCGCUUCCGACCCCUACGAGAACACCUUUUUCACUCACCUCGCAGGACUCCCGGUCGCCACCCCCGAUGACCCGAAUUUCGAACGAAUCCCGUCCGAAUUCCUGCUGGAGGAGAACAAGCCAACUAUGCUGCUCAAUUUCUCCUGCCACCCUGCCUCCGUUGCCUCCUCAUGUGCUCCUCCGCUGCCCCCCAUCCUCUCACCACUCCCCCCUCGGUCUACCCCCUCCCUCGCGCAACCUUCAUGCUCCCAUCCAACACCCACGCUCCCCCCCCGCUGUCCUUCCCUCCCUAAGAGCCCCCGCCCCCCACUGCCUUGCUGUCCCCCCCCCGCACGGCCGUCCGGGCCCCUGCCACCCCCACUUUCAUUCUGCCCCUACCCACUCCCCUCGUUCCCUCCCUUCUCACUCCUCUCCCUGUGCCAACUGCCCCCCCUCACCCUGUCCUCCCCCCUGUCACCCAUCCCUCCCUUACAGCCCCCCACCCCCCGGCCCCCCAUGUUGUGGGGCUCCCACUCAACCCCUUAUCCCCCCCACGCCACCCCCCCCUCCCUGCUCUUUCCAACACAUGCAGGCAAGCCCCCGCCCAAGGACGCUCAGCCCCUGUCACCUCUGUACCCUCCUCUCCCCCCCCUACAGUCGGGCCUCCGCCCACCCUCACGACUCCCCCAUCUUCCCACACCCCCCACGCAAUCUCCGCAUCGCGAAAUCUCUUUCUCACCCAUGAUCCCCCACCCCCUGCCCCUACCCACGUCAAUCCCACCCCCCACUACACUCCCGCCCCUUCCCCCUCGGAGGACAGUACCCCGCCCUCCCACAAGCUCGCCCCCCACCCGCACCCCCCUCCCACUAGCAGACUGGACCCUCCUACGGUACCCCCCUCUCUGCCCCCUCCCGACACUCCUCCCACGAUCUCUCCAGAGGGCGGGCCCCCUGCCCAACCUUAUGCUGGCAUGGAGACGCUCCUCUCCCCCUGCCCUAUCCCCCCCUUUUCAACCAGCACCCCUCUCUGCUCCCCCGACCCCUCGACUUCCCCCCCCCACUUCCUCUCCCCCGAUUCCCCUCCUCCCCCCCCCCUACCCUCAAUCUCGCCUUCCCCCCCCUCACUCUUUUCAACCCCCUCUUCACUUUCUUCACCCCCCACCCACUCAGGAACCCAUCUGCAACCGCCCCCUGUGCUAUAACCGGGCUGCCCGAUCCCCACCGAGGCUCCCCCCCUCUGCCAACAGCCCUCUUCCCCCGGCCUCUCCCUCAUUGCUCUCGAGCAGGCCGAUCCACCCCCCUCUGGCUCCUUCUCCCCCCCCCCCCUGGGCCCCCGAACACCCCUGCCCCUCCCCCGCACCUCCCACCCCUCUCUGCACCUCCCUCCACCCGCAGCCAACCAGACCUCAUGGCAACUCUUUGGGCAAUCAUGCCGCGCCGACCGCCUUCGGCAACGACCCCGGCCUCCUCUACAUUGGGCUGGGCGAUUGGGUCGAAUAUUGGACCUGCGCUCUCUGCGACUUCACCUGCGGCGCUGCCCUCGACAGCGCCAUGGAGCAUAUCCAGUCCGACCUGCACGUCAACCGCGUGAAGGCCUCCGCUCACCGCCCGGCUGCCAAGGAAGAAUUUGGCCCCUGGCGCGCACUCACCCUGCUGCAGCAGAAGGCCCCGGUGGCUGCCUUCCUUCGCGGUCGCCCUUAG